GUUUGCGCGACUGAAUCACAAAAAUGCUCCGCAAUCCUUUUUUUUCAUAGGCUUUUUGCAUUGAGUUUUGAAUGCGACGAUGAGUGCUGCCGUGACCGUGACUUCUGCUGCUGCUUCUGCCUCAACAUCUUCUGCUGCUGCUGCUGCCAAUGCUCAUCAGUGGUCGUCCGUCGUGCUCCUUGCCAAGCCAGACCGCGGCUGGUCGCAGGCUCAGUGGGGCGCCUUUGCCACGCGCGUCCACUCGCUCACCUCGCUGACCGCGCUCACCUCGCCCGCCGGACGCGCAGUCCCGGCCGCCACUCACAACGCUGGCUCGCUUGCUUCUGGCGAGUCAGUCGCCGCCGCCGCCCUCGUCGUCGUGCAAUUGGACGCCAGUCUGCUCGCCAACGUCCACGCGGUCGUCCAGUCCGCCACCACACUCAGCCCCAGGCCAGCCCUGCCAACUGUGAAUGCUAAUGCCAGCACGAGUACCAGUACCGCUGCUGCUACGGCUUCCGUCCCCAAGCAGGGGUCUGGCGGUGACUUGGACGCUCACCUUGCCGCUCUCCAAGCUGCACUCUGCGCUCUGAUGCCGACCAGCGCAACCCCAAGCUCAACCCCAUCCAGCAGCAGCAGCAGCAGCAGCAGCAGCAGCAGCAGCAGCAGCAGCAGCAUCCAGGACGAGCUGGACGCCAUUGCACGCAUCGCUCAAGGCGCGAGGCUGCUGGGCGACCUCCCAAUCUCAACCCAGGCCGCCGUGUUUGACGGGAUUGUGCGCCAGGCAGCCAUCGCAGCCAGCAAGGCAGUCGCUGCGCAUCUCAAGCAGUCACAGCCCCAGGGCGCGCAGUCGGCUCGAUGCUACGCGCCAGGCGAACUUGUCGGCUCGCUGCCCAAGACCCCAGCCGGCCACCCGACGAUCGCCGUUUCGCGCGCCGUUACCGAUGCCAUUCUGUUGUCCACAGUCACAGCCACACACACAUCUGCAGCAGGAACUGCCAGCGGCAUCCACAUCUUCCCGCUCAUCCACGCGACAUCUGCCUACCAAUCAAGCGCCUUGACAGCCGCCACAGACCUGCACGUCCUCUCUGGCGACGAUCUGGCAUGCUACCUGGCGGCGUGUCUGUGCAACAACAAACGCGUCGAGCUGUGGGGCGACCACGACGGCUUGUUUACCGUUUCCCAGCCUGCGCUCUUGCCCGCUGCGCGGUUGCUGCGCUUUGUCGAGUAUUCCGAGGCGAAGGAAAUCUGCACGGCGCAACAGUACGUGUGCAGCCCGGCCUGCAUUGAUCUGCUCAUGGUCCACAACGUGCCCCUUUACAUUUUCAACAUUGCGUCCGUGCUCGAGUCGGCCAAACCGCUUGCCGCGUUGCCCGGUACGAUUGUCGGCCAGGCGUCGUCGCACGCCCAUCCCCGACUUCUCGACCCAAAUCACGUCGAAGCGGCCAUUCCGUCGUCAUCAUCGCCAACAUCGCGAGGCAGCACCAGCUCCUUGGAUUUGGUCAUGAGCCAGCACGCGUCAAGGAGCGCGUCGAUUGUCAAGACUGUUUCCGUCCAGCACAACAUUACUCUGAUUUCGAUGGAGACCAUCGACAUGUGGCGCGCCGCUGGCUUUCUCUCGCGCAUCUUUGCUUGCUUUGAACGAUGCGGCAUCAGCAUUGACUUGAUUUCCACCUCGGAAACCAACGUGACUGUUUCGCUGGAGCCGGUGGCGGACGUUGAAUCGACGCGCGUGGCCAACGUCAUGCGCGAGCUCAGCCGCCACUGCACCGUCACCUCCAUCUCGCCUUGCGCCAUGUUCACUCUGGUGGGCCACAACGUAGGCAACAGUCUGCAACGGCUGGGUCUGGCUGCGCUCCAAGGCCGCAAAGUCCACGUCAUUUCCAAGUCGGCCAACGACGUCAACCUGUCCUUUGUCGUCGACGAGCUGGAUUGCGAGACCAUCGAGACUGCCUUGUUUGAGCACCUGAUUCUGGCUGAAGUGAAUGCCAGCGCGGCUGGGUUCAUGUUUGGUCCUUCCUACUCUGAAUUGCGGGCUGUCAACGGCGAUUUGGCCAAGGCCCUAUGUCCCGAGGAUGCCGCCGACUCGCACAGCGCCGAGACAACACUCGCAACGCUCGCCUCCAAGGAUGCUGCCUCCAAAGACUCGGGCAAGCUGGCCCAUCCUGCCCAGCCGCAAUGGUGGAUGAAUUGCAUUCCAGAGCUCAUUUCAGUCACUCCCCCCAGCGAGCCUCUUUACGUUUAUGCAGAAUCUGCCAUCCGACGAUCGGCGUCAGAGCUGUCGCAGCUCACUGCUCUCUCGCGCCUGUUCUACGCCAUGAAGGCCAACAGCAACCGCCAGGUGCUUGACCUUGUGGCGUCGCUGGGCCUGGGCCUCGAGUGCGUUUCGCUCGGCGAAGUCGAGCUGGCACGCGAGGUUUUGAGCUCGCUCGGCCCCGCUGCCGCCGCCAAUGGCACGGCGGCCCCCAUCUUCUUUACGCCCAACUUUGUCCAACGCAGCGAGUACGAGGGUGCUCUGGCCUUUUCGAACGUGCUCGUCAACGUGGACAGCAUGUACCCGCUCCGUCAGUGGACGUCGACCUUUGCUGGCCAGUCCAUCAUGCUGCGCAUUGAUCCGGGCGUGGGUGCCGGUCACCACGACCACGUCAAGACUGGAGGCGCGGCAUCCAAGUUUGGCAUUUCCUCGGCCGAUCUGGCAGAGUGCGCCGCACUGUGCGCCGAGCACCGCAUCAACGUCGUCGGUCUCCACGCGCAUGCUGGCAGCGGCAUUCUCGAUCCCCACCAGUGGGUGCUGCAUGCCGAGCUGCUGGCGUCGCACGCCAUGCGCCACUUCCCGCGAGCCACCAUCCUCAAUCUGGGAGGCGGCGUCGGCGUCAAUCCGCAGUGCCCUCAAUCGGACGCAUUCAACUUUGCGCAGCUCAACUCGCUACUGACGGCCUUCUCGGAAAAGCAUCCCCAGUUCAAGCUGUGGAUGGAGCCUGGUCGCUUUGUCGUCGCUCCGUCGGGCGUUCUGCUCGCGCGCGUGUCGCAGGUCAAGAGCAAGUCUGGCGUCACGUUUGUCGGAUUGAACGCAGGAAUGCACAACUUGAUCCGUCCCGCGCUCUACUCUGCCUACCACGGCAUUCACAACAUUUCUCGCUUUGGCAUGGACGGCGAUCGCGACACAAUGUCGUGCGUGGUGGUCGGCCCCAUCUGCGAGAGCGGCGAUGUUCUUGGCCGCGACCGCGUCUUGCCUGCCUCCACCAGCGAGGACGACGUGAUUUUGAUUGAGUGCGUUGGUGCCUACGGUCGCAGCAUGGCCAGCACGUACAACUUGCGGCCUGUGGCCUCCGAGAUUUUGGCGCGCAUGUUCUAGACGAGUAGAGUUUGUGUGAAUGCGUUUUCAUCGAUUGAGUGUUUCUUGUUGGAUGCUAAUAGUUGAAUUGAUUGUGCGUUUUGAAUGCUGUUUUGUUUUUUUUUCGGCAACGUGGAUUAGAAAGUUGUCCUCAAAAGCGC